CUCCUGCCUGCCCUCUGUGCUGCCCCCAGGAUGGGCAGCAGGAUCUGGUGCUGGGCUCUGGUCUGGGCCUCUGUGGCCUUGCUCAAGGUGUGGCCAGCAGAGAUCCAGGGCCAGCAACGCUUGGAAUACCAAGGAUUCACCGGAGAUGGUCAGGAAGCAUAUGAAGCCCCCACAUCUUCAUCCACCCAGCAUGUCACCUUCAUCCCACCUGUCACUGUCUUCCCUAGCGUGAGCCCCUUAAACGUGGUACACAAUGGAAGAGUGUGCAGCACAUGGGGUGACUUCCACUAUAAGACCUUCGACGGUGAUAUGUUCCACUUCCCUGGCCUCUGUAACUAUGUCUUCUCUUCACACUGUGGGGCCACCUACGAGGACUUCAACAUCCAACUGCGUCGUGGUCUGGAGGGUUCCAGGCCCAUGGUCACCCAUGUGGUCCUCAAGACCCAGGGGCUGGUGAUUGAGCUGUCCAAUGGCUCUGUCCUGGUGGACGGACGGGGGGUGGAGCUACCCUACAGCCGUGCAGGUCUUCUGAUGGAGAAGAGCAGUGGCUAUGUGAAGGUCAGCAUCCGGCUGGUCCUCACCUUCCUGUGGAAUGAAGACAGUGCCCUGCUCGAGCUGGACUCCAAAUAUACCAACCAGACGUGUGGGCUGUGCGGCGACUUCAACGGGCUCCCAGCUGUCAAUGAGUUCUACGCCCACAACACCAGACUGACCCCUGUGCAGUUUGGAAACCUGCAGAAGCUGGAUGGUCCUACAGAGCAGUGCCAGGAUACCUUGCCCUCAGCUGUCAACAACUGCACAGAUAGGGAGGACAUCUGUCGCCACGUCCUGCUUGGCCCUGCCUUUGCCGAGUGCCAUGCCCUGGUAGAUGUCAGCAUGUACUUGGAUGCCUGUGUCCAGGACCUGUGCCUCUGCCCCACAUGCCCAUGUGCCACUUUUGCUGAAUAUUCCCGCCAGUGUGCCCAUGCAGGGGGCCAUCCACAGAACUGGAGGAGUUCUGAUCUGUGCAACCGGACAUGCCCUUUUAACAUGGAACACCAGGAGUGCAGCUCGCCCUGUGUGGAUACCUGCUCCAACCCCCAACGCUCCCAGCUCUGCGAGGACCACUGCAUGGAUGGCUGCUUCUGUCCCCCAGGCACUGUGCUGGAUGACAUCAGACACUUGGGCUGUGUGCCCCUGGAGCAGUGCCACUGUACCCAUGGUGGUCACACGUAUGCCCCUGGAGAGUCCUUCAACACCAGCUGCAGCUCCUGCACCUGCUUCGGGGGAUUGUGGCAGUGCCAGGAUUUGCUGUGCCCCGCCACCUGCUCUGUGCAAGGCGGGUCCCACAUCUUCACCUAUGACGAGAAAUUCUACAAUGUUCAUGGGGACUGCAGCUACAUCCUGUCCAAGAAAUGUGCAGAUAGCAGCUUCACUGUGCUGGUCGAUCUGCGGAAGUGUGGCGUGACGGAUACUGAGAACUGCCUCAAAGCAGUCACACUCAACCUCAACAGUGGGGACAUGGUCGUCCGGAUCCAGGCCAAUGGUGCCGUGUUCCUGAACUCCAUCUUUACUCAGCUGCCCCUAUCAGCAGCCAAUGUCACCAUCUUUAGUCCAUCAUCCUUCUUCAUCAUGGUGCACACAGGCAUGGGGCUACAGCUGCAAGUGCAGCUGGUGCCCAUCAUGCAGGUGUUUGUCAGCCUGGACCCCUCCUACCAUGGCCAGAUGUGUGGCCUGUGUGGGAACUUCAACCAGAACCAGGCCGAUGACUUCACAGCCCUCAGUGGGGUGGUGGAGGGCACAGGAGCUGCCUUCUCCAAUACCUGGAAGACUCAAGUCUCCUGCCCCAACGCCAAGAACAUCUUUGAGGACCCCUGCUCGUACAGCGUGGAGGCUGAGAACUAUGCCCAGGAGUGGUGCUCCAUGCUCACUAAAAGCUCAGGCGUCUUCUCAGCCUGCCAUGCCACCGUCAGCCCAGCGCCCUUCUACUCGAACUGCAUCUUUGACACGUGCAACUGUGAGAAGAGCGAGGACUGCAUGUGCGCAGCCCUGUCCUCGUACGUGCGUGCCUGUGCCGCCAAAGGCGUGCUGCUCAGUGGCUGGAGGGACAGCGUCUGCACCAAGUACAUGAACAACUGUCCCCAAACCAAGAGCUACUCCUAUGCUGUGAGUACUUGUGAGCCUACCUGCCGCUCUCUGAGUGAGGCUGACGUCACCUGUGGCAUCUCCUUUGUGCCCGUGGAUGGCUGCACCUGUCCUGAAGGCACCUUCCUGGAUGACAAGGGUCACUGUGUGCCUGAUGAGGAGUGCCCCUGUUUCUUCCAUGGAACUGUGGUGGCUCCUAGAGAGUUUGUUACGGACAAUGGUGUGGUGUGCUCGUGUGAAAAUGGGAAGUUGACCUGUCUUGGAGCCCUGAUGCAGAGGAGCACAGAGUGCCAGGCGCCUAUGGUAUAUCUAGACUGUAACAACGCCUCAGUGGGUGACCAAGGGGCUGAAUGCCUCAGAAGCUGCCACACACUGGAUGUGGACUGUUUCAGCACACACUGUGUCUCGGGCUGUGUGUGUCCCUCAGGGCUGGUAGCAGAUGGGAAUGGGGGCUGCAUUGCUGAGAAGGACUGCCCCUGCGUACACAAUGAGGCCACCUACAGACCUGGGGAGAUCAUCCGGGUAGACUGCAAUAACUGUACCUGCAGGAACCGCCGGUGGGAGUGUACGGAUCAGCCCUGUAUGGGUGCAUGUGUGGCCUAUGGGGAUGGCCAUUUUGUCACCUUUGAUGGUGAACGCUACAUCUUUGAAGGCAGCUGCGAGUAUACCUUAGCUCAGGACUACUGCAGAGGCAACACCAGUACUGAUGGGACCUUCCGUAUUGUCACUGAGAAUGUCCCUUGUGGGACCACGGGAACCACCUGCUCCAAGGCCAUCAAGAUCUUUGUGGAGAGUUAUGAGCUGAUUCUUCAUGAGGGGAACUUCAAAGUGGUGGAGAGAGGGUCAAGUGGGGAGCUUCCAUACAAGAUCAGAUACAUGGGUAUCUUCCUGGUCAUUGAGAUCCGCAGUGGGAUAGUCGUGUCCUGGGACAGGAAGACCAGUGUGUUUGUCCGACUGCAGCAGCAUUACAAGGGAAGGGUCUGUGGCCUGUGUGGGAACUUCGAUGACAAUGCCAUCAAUGACUUCACUACACGCAGCCAGUCUGUGGUGGGCGAUGUGCUAGAGUUUGGAAACAGCUGGAAGUUCUCGCCAUCUUGCCCAGAUGCCCCAGUUCCCAAGGACCCCUGCACUGCCAACCCUUACCGCAAGUCCUGGGCCCAGAAGAAGUGCAGCAUCAUUAACAGUGCGACCUUUGCUGCCUGCCACUCCCAGGUUGACUCUACCAAGUACUAUGAAGCCUGUGUGCAUGAUGUGUGUGCCUGCGACUCAGGGGGUGACUGUGAGUGUUUCUGCACUGCUGUGGCUGCCUAUGCCCAGGCCUGCCGUGAUAUGGGUGUGUGCUUGUCCUGGAGAACACCAGACAUCUGCCCUCUUUUCUGUGACUACUACAACCCUCAUGGGGAAUGUGAGUGGCAUUACCAGCCCUGUGGAGCCCCCUGUCUGAAGACCUGUCGAAACCCUGCUGGACACUGCCUUGUUGAACUGCCAGGCCUGGAAGGCUGCUACCCACAAUGCCCACCCAGCCAUCCCUUCUUCAAUGAGGACCAGAUGAAGUGUGUGGACCAGUGUGGAUGCUAUGAUGAUGAUGGAAACUACUACAACAUUGGCACAGAGGUCCCUACAGCUGAGAACUGCCAGAGUUGUCUCUGCACCCCUGGUGGCCUCAGCUGUGUUCACAACAUUACAGCCUGCACAUGCACCUAUGAGGGCCGUACCUACCACUUCAAUGAUGUUGUCUACAACACCACGGACGGCCUUGGUGCAUGCUUAGUGGCCAUCUGCAAAGACAAUGGGACUAUAAUACGCACAGCUGAAGAGUGCCCUGAAGUCUUGUCUACCACACCAUUCACAUUCACCAGUACCUUGGCACCCAGUGCCACAACAGGCUCAGCUUCCACUGUGUCCACUGUGUCCCCUGUGUCCACUGUGUGUGUCCGGGAGGUCUGCCACUGGUCCAUUUGGUAUGAUCAGAGCUAUCCACAGCCUGGCAUGGCAGGUGGGGAUUUUGAAACAUUUGAGGACCUGAGGCGCAAAGGGUAUCAGGUGUGUCAAACCCCUGCUGCCAUUGAGUGCCGUGCAAAGAAUUUCCCCAGCACGGACUUACAGGACCUGGGUCAGAAGGUGGACUGUGACCCUUCAUGGGGGCUGAAAUGCCUCAACAGUGAGCAGAACCCCCCACUCUGCUACAACUAUGAGCUGAGGGUUCUGUGUUGUGAAUAUGUACCCUGUAGUUCCCCCAUGACCUCAGGCGGAAGUACCACUCACUCCCAGCCUGAGACCGGUACUCAGACAACAUUCACAGUAUCUAAGCCCACACCCUCCAGGACCACAAAAAGGAAAGAGAUAUCCCUGGAUACAACUCACAACUCAAGGAAAACAGUGGCAGUCACCUCAAAAGGAAGAACAGCUUCACAAUCCACUGUGUUGAGACACUCAGUCAGCAGCCUCCCCAUGACCAGCCCUACAUGGACUACAAUAGUGAAAGAGACCACCUUGCACACAACGCUUAGUUCCCAGCCAACAUCAGUAUUCACCUCACAGACAGGGUCCAUUUCAACAGCCAGUGUGGUCACACAGUCAGUCAGCAGCCCCGGGACCUCCACCACCUGCCAACCCCGAUGCGAGUGGACAAAGUGGUUCGAUACAGACUACCCCAAGUCUGACAAAGAGGGAGGGGACAUUGAGACAUACGACAGGAUCAGAGCCACCGGGGCAGAUAUCUGUGAACACCCUCAGGACAUCCAGUGUGUAGCCCAGAACUACCCUGAUAUCAGCCUGGACCUGUUGAAUCAGGAAGUGAAGUGUGAUGUCAACUUCGGUCUGGAGUGUCACAACAGGGACCAGCAACACGAAUUCGGGAUGUGCUUCAACUACAUGAUCCGUGUGCUGUGCUGCAGUGAUAGCCACUGCCAGGGACCUGCCACCACUGCAGGGUCUCCCCCUACACCAGGCACUGCCACCUCUGCCACUCAGACCCUGUCCUCCAAGCCUUAUCCCAUUACUAGUCCAGUUGAGACCUGGUCUCCCUCAGGCUCCACCACCAGCAUCCAUGUCUCAGAGACGCCCACCCCCAGGAUUCUGGAUAAAAGUGUGUCACCCCCAGCCAGCACUCCUCUGACAGUCACCUCAAAGACAACUCAGCCUCCCAAGAGCCCAGAAUCCUCUGGCCUUGUCAGCAGCCCCGGGACCUCCACCACCUGCCAACCCCGAUGCGAGUGGACAAAGUGGUUCGAUACAGACUACCCCACUUCUGACAGAGAGGGGGGAGACAUUGAGACAUAUGACAGGAUCAGAGCCACCGGGGCAGAUAUCUGUGAACAGCCUCAGGACAUCCAGUGUGUGGCCCAAAACUACCCCGAUAUCAGCCUGGACCUGUUGGAUCAGAAAGUGAAGUGUGAUGUCAACUUCGGUCUGGAGUGUCACAACAGGGACCAGCAACAGGAAUUUGGGAUGUGCUUCAACUAUAUGAUCCGUGUGCUGUGCUGCAGUGAUAGCCACUGCCAGGGACCUGCCACCACUGCAGGGUCUCCCCCUACACCAGGAACUGCCACCUCUGCUACUUCCAGGUCACUCACACAUACUUCCUGGCCUGUGUCCAACAUGCCCACCAGCACCAGCACCACAGAGUCUAUUUCUUCCUCCAGAAAAACCACUGGCCUCACCAUGGCUUCUUCCACAGCCACACCCAGGGAGACCCAAACCUCAUCACGGCUAACCACUGGUCCCUCCUCAGCCCUUACAACCAGGAGGACCUCUUCUACAGGCUGUACGUUUCAAUGCACCUGGACAGAUUGGCUGGACAGUGACAAACCCCAACCUGGUCUCUUUGGGGGAGACAUUGAGACCUACUAUCAUAUUAGAAACAAGACAGGUAUCCAGAUAUGCGAGAAACCUAUGGACAUUGAAUGUGAAGCCAUCCUCUUCCCCAACAUGUCCUUCCAGCAGCUGGGCCAGGAGGUGGUUUGUAAUGUGGACUUUGGACUCAUCUGCAGGAACAGCAAACAGGCCAACAACCAAACCUGUUUCAACUACCAUAUCCGUGUGCUCUGCUGUGAGGAAGACAUUAGCUGUUUCAGCACAACUGGAUCACUCUCUACCACCUCCAGCCAAGUCAGCAAGUCAUACUCCUCUACCUCCCUGACCUCACCUGGACCAUCCUAUUCUCCUGGAAGCACCACCAUGAGCUCAGCCACAGCUGCCUCCACCACCAAAGCUACCACCUCCUUAAAGACUGAAAAAAGCAUGAUGACCAACAUUAUCCACACAGGAUCUGCACCUUCCACACACCCAGUCAGCAGCCCCGUCACCUCCACCACCUGCCAGCCCCGAUGCCAGUGGACAAAGUGGUUCGAUACAGACUACCCCACUUCUGACAGAGAAGGAGGGGACAUUGAGACAUAUGACAGGAUCAGAGCCACUGGGGCAGAUAUCUGUGAACACCCUCAGGACAUCCAGUGUGUGGCCCAGAACUACCCUGAUAUCAGCCUGGACCUGUUGGAUCAGAAAGUGAAGUGUGAUGUCAACUUCGGUCUGGAGUGUCACAACAGGGACCAGCAACAGGAAUUUGGGAUGUGCUUCAACUACAUGAUCCGUGUGCUGUGCUGCAGUGAUAGCCACUGCCAGGAAUCUGCCACCACUGCAGGGUCUCCCCCUACACCAGGCACUGCCACCUCUGCCACUCAGACCCUGUCCUCCAAGCCUUAUCCCAUUACUAGUCCAGUUGAGACCUGGUCUCCCUCAGGCUCCACCACCAGCAUCCAUGUCUCAGAGACGCCCACCCCCAGGAUUCUGGAUAAAAGUGUGUCACCCCCAGCCAGCACUCCUCUGACAGUCACCUCAAAGACAACUCAGCCUCCCAAGAGCCCAGAAUCCUCUGCCAUUGUCAGCAGCCCCGGGACCUCCACCACCUGCCAACCCCGAUGCGAGUGGACAAAGUGGUUCGAUACAGACUACCCCACGUCUGACAGAGAGGGGGGAGACAUUGAGACAUAUGACAGGAUCAGAGCCACCGGGGCAGAUAUCUGUGAACAGCCUCAGGACAUCCAGUGUGCGGCCCAGAACUACCCCGAUAUCAGCCUGGAUCUGUUGGAUCAGAAAGUGAAGUGUGAUGUCAACUUCGGUCUGGUGUGUCACAACAGGGACCAGCAACACGAAUUCGGGAUGUGCUUCAACUACAUGAUCCGUGUGCUGUGCUGCAGUGAUAGCCACUGCCAGGGACCUGCCACCACUGCAGGGUCUCCCCCUACACCAGGAACUGCCACCACUGCCACUCAGACCCUGUCCUCCAUUCCUCAGCCCAACACUACUCUGACUGUGACCAGGACUCACUCAGCUCCCAUCACAGUCCCUCUUGUUACAUCCUCUGGCAGUAGUUCCCCACAUGUUUCUAAUGUUAAGGAAACCAGCACCCCAGGAAAGAUCUCUAUCCAUACAACAGUCAACAUCCUGCCUACAACAUUACAGUCUUCGACUCCUGCCUUGACAACAAAACAAACUUCCUCAACUGAAAUCUGGACAACAAUACUUACUGGUACAGCUAGUACUGUCUCCUCAAACCCCCCACCCACGAGCCUGGGGUUGACCACAGGCAUAAAAGAACUGUCUACCAGUCCACCAAGGACACAGACACUACCAGUCACUGCGACUAAUGCCACCACCAGCCAGGGCACAACCCACUGCCAGCCCAAGUGUAAGUGGACUGAAUGGUUUGAUGUGGACUCACCAACCUCAGGAGAAGUAAGAGGGGACAUGGAGACCUAUGAAAACAUCAGAGCUUCCGGUAAGAAGAUAUGCCAGACACCAGAGAAGAUUGAGUGUCAGGCAGAGAACUACCCUGCAGUGAGCAUUGAUAAGAUUGGCCAAGUAGUAAGCUGCAGCCUGGAGACAGGACUGGUCUGUAGAAAUGAGGACCAGACAGAUGAUUUCAAAAUGUGCUUCAACUAUAAUAUACGUGUGCUUUGCUGUGAUGAUUAUAGCGACUGCCCUACCACAACUGCUGUACCACCUACAUCCACCAUGAACAGCCCUAAAGUCAGCAGUGAGGUCUCCACCAUGGCCACCAGUUCAUCAGCAACACAAGGACACUCCACCAAAGCUACCACCUCCUUGAAGACUGAACAAAGCAUAAUGACGAACACUAUCCACACAGAAUCUGCACCUUCCACACAGUCAGUCAGCAGCCCCGGGACCUCCACCACCUGCCAACCCCGAUGCCAGUGGACAAAGUGGUUCGAUACAGACUACCCCACUUCUGACAGAGAAGGAGGGGACAUUGAGACAUAUGACAGGAUCAGAGCCACUGGGGCAGAUAUCUGUGAACAGCCUCAGGACAUCCAGUGUGUGGCCCAGAACUACCCCGAUAUCAGCCUGGACCUGUUGGAUCAGAAAGUGAAGUGUGAUGUCAACUUCGGUCUGGAGUGUCACAACAGGGACCAGCAACAGGAAUUUGGGAUGUGCUUCAACUACAUGAUCCGUGUGCUGUGCUGCAGUGAUAGCCACUGCCAGGGACCUGCCACCACUGCAGGGUCUCCCCCUACACCAGGAACUGCCACCACUGCCACUCAGACCCUGUCCUCCAAGCCUUAUCCCAUUACUAGUCCAGUUGAGACCUGGUCUCCCUCAGGCUCCACCACCAGCAUCCAUGUCUCAGAGACGCCCACCAGGAUUCUGGAUAAAAGUGUGUCACCCCCAGCCAGCACUCCUCUGACAGUCACCUCAAAGACAACUCAGCCUCCCAAGAGCCCAGAAUCCUCUGCCAUUGUCAGCAGCCCCGGGACCUCCACCACCUGCCAACCCCGAUGCGAGUGGACAAAGUGGUUCGAUACAGACUACCCCACUUCUGACAGAGAGGGGGGAGACAUUGAGACAUAUGACAGGAUCAGAGCCACCGGGGCAGAUAUCUGUGAACAGCCUCAGGACAUCCAGUGUGCGGCCCAGAACUACCCCGAUAUCAGCCUGGACCUGUUGGAUCAGAAAGUGAAGUGUGAUGUCAACUUCGGUCUGGAGUGUCACAACAGGGACCAGCAACACGAAUUUGGGAUGUGCUUCAACUACAUGAUCCGUGUGCUGUGCUGCAGUGAUAGCCACUGCCCUGGGACCCCUUCCAGCACCACAAAGUCAACUCUGCCCUGGUCUACUCACACUUCCCUGGCCCCUUUCCCAAUCACAUCAAGCACUGAGUCCACUUUUCAGACCAAGCAUCCCUUCAGCUCCCCGGUACCAAGUACUCAAGCAUCCACAUGGACCACAUAUCCUGCCUCAGGCUGUGUACCUCAGUGCACGUGGACAGAAUGGUUUGAUGCAGACUUCCCUAACCCUGGCCCCAGAGGUGGGGACUUUGAGGUCUAUGCAGUGUUACGUGAAGUUGGCUUUGUCUUCUGUGAGCAGCCUAAGGACAUCCAGUGCCGCUCUGAAAAUGAGCCAGAAAGGCCCCUGGAAACUCUAGAGCAGGUGGUCCAGUGUGAUGUGCGAUUUGGGCUGAUAUGCAAGAAUAUCAACCAAGCGGGACCUUUGCAAUACUGUGACAACUACCAUGUGCGCUUCCUCUGCUGUGACAAUGUCAGCCACUGUACCACCUCACCUAUGGCCACCCUCUCCACUGCUCCUUCUUCCUCUCCCCUGCUGUCCACUCACGCUUCCCCAGCCUCGAAUACUAUGACUUCUUCACCUGUGGUCACUAGCUCUACUCACACCUCUCCAGUUUUGAGCACCGGGACUUCACCUGUAGCCACGGGCCCCACUGCGGCCCCCUCCACUACUUCCGAGACCACUCAUCCCCCUGAAGUUUCCCCCAGCAGCCAGGUGACCUUCAGCCUGUCUACUGCUUCUCCCUUGGGCCCUAGUACCCUCAGGCCUACUGUCCUUUCCAGCCGACCAUUUUCCCCGUCACCCUGUUUCUGCCAGGCAUUUGGACAGCUGUUCUUACCCGGAGAGGUCAUUUACAAUAAGACUGAUGGAGCUGGCUGCCAAUUGUAUGCCACCUGCAACCAGUACUGUGAUGUUGACCGCUUCCAGGGUGCCUGCCCCUCCUCUCCACCUCCAGGGCCCUCUACCUCUGCAUCUUCGCCUCCCCCACUUUCUGGCUGUGACAAUGCCACUCCUCCCCGGCAGGUGAAUGAGUCCUGGACCCUGGAGAACUGCACAGUGGCCAGGUGCCAGGGAAAUAACCAAAUCAUCCUCCUAGAGCCGGAGCCCGUGGACAAUGUCACCUGUGCCAACAAGCACUCGCCCAUCCAAGUGUGGGACCAGGAGCCUUGCCAUUUCCACUAUGAGUGUGAAUGCUUCUGCAGUGGAUGGGGGCGCUCACACUACCUGACAUUCGACGGCACCUCCUAUACUUUCCUGGACAACUGUACCUCAGUGCUCAUGAGAGAGAUUCUCCCUCGCCAUGGCAACCUGAGCAUCCUUGCUCACAGCUACUACUGUGGGGCUACCACCAAUGUCACCUUCUGUCCCCGAGCCCUCAGUGUGUACUACAACUCCAUGGAGAUUGUCCUCACCACCACCACCGCCAGUGGGAAGGAGGAGGGCCUGAUCAUAUGGGACCAAAUGUGGAUAAGCUCAGGUUUCAGUAAGAAUGGUGUGACAGUGUCCUUGAGCGGCAUCACCACGAUGAGUGUCAACAUUUCCACCAUUGGCACCAGCAUCACCUUUGAUGGGCACAUCUUCCAGAUAUGGUUACCCUACAGACACUUCAGCAACAAUACCGAGGGCCAGUGUGGUACCUGCACAAACAGCCAGGCAGAUGACUGCCGCCGGCCGGAUGGCACCACAGCUUCCAACUGCCAGGACAUGGCCAAAGACUGGCUGGUGCCGGGGAACAGCAGCAAUGGCUGCUUAGCUCAGCCUAGCCCUUCCCCAAGCACCACUCCCCAGCCCUCAGUGUCCAGCCCACCCACCUCUACCCCAUGCCCCACUGUACCCCUCUGUGAGCUGAUGCUGAGCCAGGUCUUCGCCGAGUGCCACACGCUCAUCCCUCCAGACACCUUCUUCAGUUCCUGUGUCAAUGACUACUGCAAUACCAAUGUUACUGACAUGCCCUGUCAAAGCCUGGAGGCCUAUGCCACACUCUGCCGGGCCCGGGGUGUGUGCACCAACUGGCGUAAUGCCACUGGAGGGCUUUGUGACCUUCCCUGUCCACCCACUAAGGAAUACAGGCCUUGUGGACCUCUGUACCCAGCAUCCUGCAGCUCUAGAACCCUGAACAUUUCAACUGAGAUGCUGGCAGAGGGCUGCUUCUGCCCUGAGAAUCAGCUCCUCUUCAACUCACGCAUGGACAUCUGUGUGCUGGAGUGUCCCUGCGUGGGACCUGAUGGGCUACCCAAGUUUCCGGGAGAACACUGGAUCAGCAACUGCCAGUCCUGCGUGUGCGACCCCAGCUCUGUGUCAGUGCAGUGUGAGCCGGUGCAGUGUGGGAGCCAGGAGCACCCACAGUGCACAGAAGCCGGCCUCGUGACCAUGACCAGGUCCAAACCUGACAACCCAUGCUGCCCCGAGACAGUCUGUGUCUGCAAUACAACCACCUGCCCCAAGAGUCAGUCCAAGUGUGAGCCAGGGCACGAGCUGAUCCACACCUAUGAGGAGGGCAGAUGCUGCCCCAGCUCCAGCUGUCGACCUAUGAUGUGCAUAUACAAUGACACCCUCUAUGGGGUUGGGGCAAACUUCUCAGGGAACGAUCCCUGCCAAACAUGCACCUGCUUCUCUGUGGGCCAUCAAGAACCCAAAGUAGAGUGUAGAGAGAUCCUUUGUACCACCUCCUGCCCCCAGGGCUUCAAGUACACGCUGAAGCCAAAGCAGUGCUGUGGGGAGUGUGUACAGAAUGCCUGCUUCACGCCAGAUGGCCAGGCAAUGCAGCCCAAUGAAACCUGGGUGAACAGUCAUGAGGACAACUGCACUGUGUACCACUGUACGGAUGAGAAUGGAAUCCAUAUACUGACUCCAAUGCCCCCGGACUGCCCUGAUGUGUCCAACUGUACGGGAACCCUAAGGAAAUCAGGUUGCUGUUAUUCCUGUGAACAAAAUGACUCAAGUACAUGUCAAGUGCACAUAAACACAACCAUCCUGCGGUAUAAGGGCUGUGAAACAGAUGUGGCAGUCAACAUCCCCUUCUGCAAGGGCUCCUGCUCUGCAAUGUCCAAGUACUCCAUGGAGGCUCAGGCCAUGGAGCAUCGGUGCACCUGCUGUCAGGAGAGCAAGGUCCAUGAUGUAGCUGUGACCAUGCAGUGUCCCAACGGUACAGUCAUCCAGCACACCUAUAGCCACAUUGAUGAGUGCAGCUGUGCCCUGGCCUGCAGCUUCCUGCCCAUGACCUCCAUGAACACUCCCUAGAGCCCAGUGCUGGAAGGCAAUUGCAUCCCCCAACCCCUCAUGUCCCGCCACCUGGAGCAGAACCUGUAUGACUGACCAUGAAAACCUUAGGCAGGCAUGCUCCAUGUGGCCCACAAGAACCCUCUGUGGCUCCCACUGCCCUGCUCCACCCUCUGCCUGCCACUUGGUGAAACCAGUAUCAUGGAGGGUAAUUAAGGGACAAUUAACAUCCCCUUGAAGAGGGUGCCAGGCAAGGAUUUGGUCCUUGAAGGACCCUCUUGGCUGUCUUGGCCUCAUCCUCUGUGAUGACAUAUAAAUGUCUUGGAGCAAAACAGAGAGCCUGUGACUAUAAGGCUCCCCACAGCAAGCCUGUAUGCCCUUCAACACAUAAAGAAGUCCUCUGCCAGUCAUCUCAAGUGCACAAAGGCAGAUGGGAUUGUUCAAGCAAGACAAGCUACCAGGGAGCUGUCAGGCAAGGUGGCUGCCUGCUGGAGGGGCCCUGGGAUCUGGGGUUGGAGAGGGGCCUGUGCUCACCCAGCCCUAAGCUGCAAUAAACCCUGGCACUUUGUGUCUCC